UCAAAUUUGAAAAUGGAGGAAAAUCAGGAAUCCGGAGGAAAAUAAGGAAUCAGAGAACAUAUUAAAAAAAAUAAAGGAAAGGAAUCCCAAAACUGAAACGCCAGCGCCAGCCCCAGCCAUCCGAAACUCAACCGAAGCUCAAUCGCCAGUCGCCAUUUCUACCAUUUCUCAAUCGAAGCCUCUUCAUUUCUCCCCUGCUGGCUGCCAUCUCCUUCUCCAUUUCGAAGCUCAAUCGCCAGUCCGCGCCUCGCCACGGCCAGCCAUACGAAGCUCAAACGCACCUGCCAUCUCUAUUCUCCCCUCCAUUUCGGGAUAAGGUGAAAGAUGGACAUAAUUUCUCAACUGCAGGAACAAGUUAACGCAAUUGCUGCUUUAGCUUUCAACACAUUUGGGACAUUACAAAGAGACGCUCCUCCAGUUCGUUUAUCUCCUAAUUACCCCGAACCGCCAUCUCACGAACCUACAGAGGACAGUGCAAAUAUCGCAGAGCAGCCCAAGCUCAUGAGCGCUGCUCUGGUGAAAGCUGCUAAGCAGUUUGAUGCAUUGGUUGCAGCAUUGCCUCUAUCUGAUGGAGGUGAAGAAGAGCAGUUGAAAAGAAUCGCAGAACUACAAGCUGAGAACGAUGCCGUAGGUCAAGAACUUCAAAAGCAGCUACAAGCAGCAGAGAGAGAAUUAAUACAAGUUCAGGAGCUGUUCAGCCAAGUGGCAGAUAAUUGCUUGAACUUGAAGAAAGCAGAUUGAAAGAGUUAGGGAAUUUUCCUACACUAACAAUACCAAUAUGCAGCAAUAGAUAGCUAAUCUAAAGAUUUCUGUUGGAGACCAUUUUCCUGGCCAAGUUACGAGUAUAUCACCUCACAUUGGGAUUGCAAAUAAGAUAGUCAAAGAAGAGCUUGCAGAGAGGCAACUUGAGUUAUUCAGGAGGAUCAUGUUUGGAAGAUUGGUGGAUAUGGACAUUGCCUUCAACAACCCGCUAGUCCAUUAUAUCUUAUUGAUAGAGUCCCCAACAAAAGGGGUAUUGGGUUCAGGAGAGGAUUGCAGAGUUCGGGCUUCAAUAUGGUUGUGAACUAUGAGCUAAUAGAUUCUUUUACUAGUCUAUACUAUAUCGUAGUUGUAUUUUGUUAUGUAUAUCAUACAUGUUUUUUGUUAUAUACUUUGUACAAACUGUGAAUAGUUCAAUGAAGCAAAUUGUUUGUGACAUUUCAAUUUAAAUUUUGAUGAUGCAAGUGUACAACACAUGAAAAUAGUUUUAAAAUUAACUGUCGUUACUGUGUACAAUAAACAAGAGAAAGAAACGAAAUGAACAAAUGAGAAGAAGAAACAAGAGCCAAACAACGAUCGAGUCAACUUAUGAAAUGAAACCAUACGGAUGUAACAAUCUAAAAUAUGAACCUUUUUUUUGGUAUGCUUUGGAAAUCAUG